AUGUGGAGACUGGUAUAUGCCAAACGGAAGCUGAUACUAUCGGAAUGUAAAAGCUUGGAAGAUGCUUUGAGUGGAACAUCUUUUUCCUGUGGCUCACCGCUUCAAGAUCUCGAAUUGCCUGCUGAGUUAGAAAAAAAAGUCUAUGUGCGACAACUGAAUUGUCACGAUCCCAUUGAAAUUCUCUAUUACACUGCCAAGUACGAACCUAUCUGCAUCUACUGUGGCGAGCCCGAACCUUUCACAAGUGAAGCAAACUACCCGCAAUGUAAGGACUGUAACAACAAAGAACCUAUUGCCAAGACCAAGUAG